GGCCGGGCCCUGGGAGCAUGAGCGGGCAGCGAGUGGACGUGAAGGUCGUGAUGCUUGGCAAGGAGUAUGUGGGCAAGACCAGCCUCGUGGAGAGAUACGUGCACGAUCGCUUUUUGGUGGGGCCCUAUCAGAAUACCAUUGGGGCAGCAUUUGUGGCCAAGGUGAUGUCUGUGGGAGACAGGACAGUGACACUAGGCAUUUGGGACACAGCUGGCUCUGAGCGCUAUGAGGCCAUGAGUCGAAUCUAUUAUCGUGGUGCCAAGGCAGCCAUUGUCUGCUAUGAUCUUACAGACAGCAGCAGUUUUGAACGAGCCAAAUUCUGGGUGAAAGAGCUUCAGAGUUUAGAGGAAAGCUGUCAGAUCUACCUGUGUGGCACCAAGAGUGACCUUCUGGAGGAAGAUCGAAGAUUGCGCCGCGUUGACUUCCAUGAUGUCCAAGAUUAUGCGGAUGACAUAAAAGCUCAACUCUUUGAGACAUCUAGCAAGACAGGCCAGAGUGUGGAUGAGCUAUUCCAGAAGGUGGCAGAGGAUUAUGUCAGCGUGGCUGCCUUCCAACUGAUGACAGAAGAUAAAGGCGUUGACUUGGGUCAGAAGGGCAACACCUACUUCUACAGUUGCUGUCAUCACUGAGAGCCACUCUGUCACCUGGAAGGGGCCCUGCUCGACCCUUGGCUGCUCUCUGCUGGUUGAGGGGCUGUAUGAGCUACCCACAGUCUCAGAGGCAGAAAGGGACAGCCAUGCCUCCUGCCUGUGCUGGCCCAGGAUCAGAGGCGGCAGCAGCAGACUGAAAGGCGAGAGGAAGCCAAUUCUGACUCUGGGCUCUCUGCUAUUUGCUGGGCAAUGCUUGUACCUCUGCACAUAAUUUAAGUGUCUUCUGCCUUGUAAAUAAAGUCCCUCCCCACCUCCCCACCUCCUUACUAUUUCUUGGGGAGGAAGGAAUGUGUUUAUGUGGGAAGGAAAAAUUCCUUAAGAUUGUUCCUCUUUACCUGAGGACAGGGCCUUAGAGCACAGAUUGUGUAACAGAAUAUCUAGUUGGCCUCUGAUUGUGACUGGCCUAAUGCAAUGUACUGAAAAGUUCCUUUUUCUAGUUUUCUCCUAGGCGAAAUACAGGGUUCCUGUUUAUGG